GCCGCAAGUUGCAGCGCAGUUUGCAAUUUUCCUCCACCGGAUCACUCAACCACAAAGAUGCUCUCCAAGCAAAUGUCCCGCGCUGCCUCCAAGCGCUUCUUCUCGUCGGGCAAGGACAUCCGCUUCGGCGUCGAGGGUCGCGCCUUGAUGCUCAAGGGUGCUGACCAGCUCGCGGACGCCGUCCAGGUCACGCUCGGCCCCAAGGGCCGCAACGUGGUCAUUGACCAGGCCUACGGCGCCCCGAAGAUCACCAAGGAUGGUGUGACGGUCGCCAAGAACAUUGAGUUCAAGGACAAGUUUGAGAACAUGGGUGCCCAGCUCCUCCGCCAGGUCGCCAACAACACGAACGACGCUGCCGGUGACGGUACCACGUCAGCCACGGUCCUCACGCGCGCUAUCUACAGCGAGGGCUGCAAGUCGGUCGCCGCCGGCAUGAACCCCCAGGACCUCCGCCGCGGUAUCCAGAUGGCCGUCGACUUUGUCGUUGCCGAGCUCGCUACGCUCUCGCAGGACAUUGACGACAAGGAGAAGGUCGCCCAGGUUGCCACGAUCUCGGCCAACAGCGAGAAGGAGAUUGGUGACUUGAUCUCGGACGCCAUGGAGCGUGUCGGCCGCGAAGGUGUCAUCACCGUCCAGGACGGCAAGACGCUCUACAACGAGCUCGAGGUUGUCGAGGGCAUGAAGUUUGACCGCGGUUACAUCUCGCCCUACUUCGUCACCAACACCAAGACGCAGGCGUGCGAGCUUGAGAACCCGUACAUCCUCCUCGUCGAGAAGAAGGUGUCGUCGGCCGCUGCCAUCGCGCCGUUGCUCGAAUUCGUCUACAAGCAGUCGCGCCCGCUUCUCAUCAUCGCCGAAGAUGUCGAGUCGGAGGCCCUCGCCGCCUUGAUCCUCAACCGCAUCCGUGCCGGUAUCAAGGUCUGCGCCGUCAAGGCCCCGGGCUUCGGCGACAACCGCAAGGCUGGCCUUCAGGAUAUGGCUGUCCUCACGGGCGCCAAGGUUGUCUCGGAGGACGUUGGCAUCCGCCUCGACAACGCGACGCCGGACCUCCUCGGUUGCGCCAAGAAGAUCACGAUCACCAAGGACGAUACGCUGAUCUUGCACGGCGAAGGCUCGAAGGAAGCCAUUGAGGAGCGCUGCCUCCUCCUCAAGGACUCGAUCGCCUCGACGACGUCCGACUACGAGAAGGAGAAGCUCCAGGAGCGCCUUGCCAAGCUCGGUGGCGGAAUUGCCGUCAUCAAGGUCGGCGGUGCCAGCGAAGUCGAAGUCGGCGAGAAGAAGGACCGCGUCGUCGAUGCCCUCAACGCCACGCGCGCCGCCGUCGAAGAAGGCAUCGUCCCGGGUGGCGGUACCGCGCUCCUCUGGUCGUCGCGCAAGCUGCCGUCGCUCUACGAGAAGUGCGCCAACAUGGACCAGAAGGUCGGCGUCCAGAUCAUCGAGCGCGCUUGCCGCGCUACGGUCACCCAGAUCGCCAAGAACGCCGGCGAGGAAGGCGCCGUGAUUGUCGGCAAGCUCCUCGAGCAGUCGUCGCCCACGUUUGGCUUCAACGCGCAGACGAGCGAGUACGUCGACAUGGUCGAAGCCGGUAUCAUUGACCCGACCAAGGUCGUUCGCACGGGCCUCGUCGACGCCUCGUCGGUCGCCUCGCUCAUGAUGACGGCCGAGGCCCUCAUCGCCGACUUGCCGGCCGAGGGCGGCGCCCCGGCCAUGGGCGGUAUGGGCGGUAUGGGCGGCAUGGGCGGCAUGGGUGGCAUGAUGUAAGCUGCUUGCCUGCACCGUCGUCGUCCGAGUUGUGAUUGCCAUAUUAAUAUAGAAAUUUAGCCUUGUCCA